CAAAAAAAAAAAAAAAAAAAAGUGAUGGUGUCAGUCCCUAUCCACUGGCAUUGAAAGAUUGCUACAGUACAUGGUGGGGUGAACAAAACAGUUUACGAGGUACAAUGAUCCUAUUAAUAUAUAUCUAGGUGAGUUUUAGUGAUGUUAACUGUCUCUAGAAUGUACAUUUCAUGAGGACAGGGCCUUCAGGUUCUUUCCUGCUGUGUUCCCAGUGGCUAGAACCACAGCUGGUAAUUUGCAGCCAUGCAAUAAUGUUUGUCAAAUGAGUGAAUGAAUGAACGCAGUUUACAAAGUUCUUUACCAAAAGUUUAACUUUUUUCCUUGCUCUCUGUAUUUUCUCUAUCAUUUGAGUUGCCUUCGAAAUGAUUAUUUUAUUUUUACAAAAACCGAGACAUUAUUAAAAACAUAUGGUCAUGCCUACUGCUGGUGAGAAUGUGACAAUUCCAAAUGCUUCAGUGGCUGUGUAAACUGGUUUAACUCUUUCUGAAACAGCAUUUGAUAUUCAAUAUCCAAAAAUCACAAAAUGUUCCUUUCUUGUGUCUGUUAAUAUUGCAUGGGAAUUUAUGCUAAUGAAAAAAAUGCAAAACACUGAGUUCCCACUGUGGUGCAUCGGGUUAAGGAUCCAGGGUUGUCUCUGUGUAGUAUGGGUUCAAUUCCCAGCCUGGUGAGUGGGUUAGGGAAUUCUCAUUGUUGCAGCUGUGGCAUAGGUUGCACAGCUGCAGCUUGGAUUCAAUCCCUGGUCCUGGAAUUCCAUAUGCCACAGGUGGCCACAAACAAAAAAAAAAAAUGCAAAAUAUGAAAUGACUUGUGCAUCCCAAAGUGUUCAUCUCAGUCUUUAAUCCUAGGAAGACAACAACCCCGGACAAGGUCGGACACUUUUAAUUGAGAUGAGUAAAAAUAAGUUAUAGACAUCCAAUAGGUGGAAUUCCAUGUAAACAUUACCAGUUCAGAAGACUGAAUAGCAACAGGAACAAAAAGAGGCUGAAAAUGCAGGCAUGCAAUGAUUAAAUUACACAUAAACAAAGGGGUGAUGCUUUUGUAUUAAGACUGGAAUUUUGGGAGCCAAUUUCUGAGACAAGCAGAAAGAAGGUCGGUUUUAGAGCUGCAGAUGGAGGUUUUUAUUCAGGCAUAGCUGUCAUAUAACCUUGGUUAAUCAUAUUCGCUAACUUCUUUGUGCCUAAUCUGUGUUUUCUUAUUUACAAGAUGGACUGAUAGCAGUGCCUCCUGAUAUUAAGAGGAGUUCCUGUUGUGGAUCAGUAGGUUAAGAACCCACUGUAGUCUUCCUGAGGAUGCGGGUUUGAUCCCUGGCCUAGCUCAGUGGGUUAAGAGUCUGGCAUUACCAUAAGCUUCGUGUGAGCCACAGAUGUGGCUCAGAACCCACAUUGCUGUGGCUGUGGUGUAGGCUGAGAGUUGCAGCUGCAAUUGGAUCCCUAUUCUGGGAACUUCCAUAUGCUGUAGGUGUGGCCUUUAAAAUAAAAAAAUUAAAAAUUAUGAAUCACUAUAUUGUACACCUAUAACUUUUAUAAUAUUGUAGAGGAACUGUACUUCAAUUGUUAAAAAAUGAAUAUUUUUUUAAACAAGUUAAAAACCAGACAAAGGAGUUCCCGUCGUGGCGUAGUGGUUAACGAAUCCGACUAGGAACCAUGAGGUUGCGGGUUCGGUCCCUGCCCUUUCUCAGUGGGUUAACGAUCUGGCGUUGCCGUGAACUGUGGUGUAGGUCGCAGACGCGGCUCGGAUCCCGCGUUGCUGUGGCUCUGGCGUAGGCCGGUGGCUACAGCUCCGAUUCAACCCCUAGCCUGGGAACCUCCAUAUGCCGCGGGAGCGGCCCAAGAAAUAGCAACAACAACAACAACAACAACAAAAAAAAAACAGACAAAAAGAAUAAGGACUAGACAAAUGUGCUGGUUGUUUUUACUGUUACUGUCAUUAUUAUUAUAUUUUCAAAAUUCUCAAAAGACUUCCAGCCAUUAUUAAUUACAAACGGAAUGAAAAAUAAAAUAGCUAAAAAGGGAGGAAGGAAGAGGUUCAGGAAAUCCAACUUUGGAAAUGGGCAUCCCUCCCUCUGGGACUAGCUAGGCCAAGAGCGAGGAAAAGCCCUCGGCGACCACACAGGGGCGCCCGCGCCCUGGCCGGGUGAGGCGUUUCCAAGCAUGUCCAGCAGGGGACGCUGCGGGCGGAGGCGGACUCGGGACCGGAAGCCGGGCUGGAGGCGAAUGAGGGCACUCACGGGUUCUUCCCACUUCCGCCGCUCCUGCUACCUCCGGGGCUCCGGUCUGAGUUUCAGCUUGGGGAGAACCUGUGCUGCUGCUGCCGCCGCCGCCGCCGCCGCCGAGAUGCCGCUGGAGAACCUGGAGGAGGAGGGUCUUCCCAAGAACCCGGACCUGCGCAUCGCGCAGCUGCGCUUCCUGCUCAGCCUUCCGGAGCACCGCGGGGACGCCGCUGUGCGCGAGGAGCUGAUGGCAGCCGUCCGUGAUAACAACAUGGCUCCUUAUUAUGAAGCUUUGUGCAAAUCCCUUGACUGGCAGAUGGACGUGGACCUGCUCAAUAAAAUGAAGAAAGCAAAUGAAGAUGAGUUGAAACGUUUGGACGAGGAGCUGGAAGAUGCAGAGAAGAAUCUGGGAGAGAGCGAAAUCCGAGACGCGAUGAUGGCAAAGGCUGAGUACCUCUGCCGCAUCGGUGACAAGGAGGGUGCUCUGACAGCCUUUCGCAAGACAUACGACAAAACCGUGGCCCUGGGUCACCGACUGGAUAUUGUGUUCUAUCUCCUUAGGAUUGGCUUGUUUUACAUGGAUAAUGACCUCAUUACACGGAACACAGAGAAGGCCAAAAGCUUAAUAGAGGAAGGAGGAGACUGGGACCGGAGAAACCGCCUAAAAGUAUAUCAGGGCCUUUACUGUGUGGCUAUUCGUGAUUUCAAACAGGCAGCCGAACUCUUCCUUGACACAGUGUCAACAUUUACAUCCUAUGAACUCAUGGACUAUAAAACCUUCGUGACUUACACUGUUUAUGUCAGCAUGAUAGCCUUAGAAAGACCAGAUCUCAGGGAAAAGGUAAUUAAGGGAGCAGAGAUUCUUGAAGUGCUGCACAGUCUUCCAGCAGUUCGGCAAUAUCUGUUUUCACUCUAUGAAUGCCGUUACUCAGUUUUCUUCCAGUCAUUAGCUGUUGUGGAACAGGAAAUGAAAAAGGACUGGCUUUUUGCUCCUCAUUAUCGAUACUAUGUAAGAGAAAUGAGGAUUCAUGCCUACAGCCAGCUGCUGGAAUCAUACAGGUCAUUAACCCUUGGCUACAUGGCAGAAGCCUUUGGUGUUGGUGUGGAGUUCAUUGAUCAGGAACUCUCCAGAUUUAUUGCUGCUGGGAGGCUACACUGCAAAAUAGAUAAAGUGAAUGAAAUAGUGGAAACUAACAGACCUGAUAGCAAGAACUGGCAGUACCAAGAAACUAUCAAGAAAGGAGAUCUGCUAUUAAACAGAGUUCAGAAACUUUCCAGAGUAAUUAACAUGUAAAACCACGUUCACAAAGAAUUUCCUUUAGAGUAAUUAUUUGGAAUUUUUAUAGCUUACUUUACUAUGUGCCCAGUUCAGCUGUAUAAAAUAAAUACUGCAUUGUUGUUUCUUUCA